AUGGAUCUUGUUCAAUCUAUCGGUGAAAUUGAUGAGUACAAGGACAUGGUGGGGAAUUUGGCUAGAGCAAUUGCAACACCAAACUUGGGAGAUGUUUUUCCAUUUUUGACGAUAUUUGACCUACAUGGCAUAAGGUGGUCUUCAAGAACUUACAUUCCCAUGCUGUUUAAUAUUUUUAAUGACCAUAUUGAUAAAAGGUUGAAGCUAAGAGAAGAGGAGAAUUAUGUUGCAAAGUCAUCAAACAAGGAUGUGUUCGAGGCACUCCUGAACAUUUCUCAAGAGAAAGGUCAGAAAAUGGACACAGAAAAGAUCAAACAUUUGUUCUUGGAUCUAAUUAUUGCUGGAAUUGAUACGAGUUCAUAUGUAGUGGAACGAGCAAUGACUGAACUACUUCACAACCCAAAUAUAAUGUCAAAAGCCAAGAUGGAGCUAGAGCAAACAAUUGGAAUAGGUAACCCUCUUCAAGAAUCACAAAUUGAAAAUCUUCCAUACUUAGAAGCAAUAAUAAAAGAGACGUUACGUAAGUACCCACCAGCGCCAUUUUUGUUGCCUAGAAAAGCCAAAGAAAAUGUUGAAAUUCAUGGCUACAUAAUUCCAAAGGGUGCACAAGUUAUAAUCAAUGAAUGGGGCAUUGGUAGAAACCCUAACAUAUGGGAUGAUCCAAAUUUAUUUUCGCCAAAGAGAUUCUUGGGGUCAAACAUCGAUUAUGUCAAAGGGCAUGAUUGUAAUUUCACACCAUUUGGUGGUGGGAGAAGGAUUUGCCCUGGAAUGAAACUUGCUACAAAGAUGUUGCAUCUUAUGUUGGGAUCAAUGGUCAACUCUUUUAAUUGGAGACUUGAAAAUGAUAUGAAGCCUGAGGAUAUGGACUUGGAUCAACAACUACGAGCAAUUGCAGUUAGAAUAAAUUAACAAAAAUUAAGUAAACAAAUACUGUGGGGAGUUUCUUUCAUUGUAAAAUUAUCCCAAAAAGAAAAAGUCAAGCAUAAUGCGAUGCCGUGACUUUCAUAAUAUAAUGGUAGUAUAUAUGUACUUUAUAUUGAACCAUCUCUAUGAAUGUAUAAUUAUAAGAGGAGUGUUAGGGGCAGCGAUUUUUGUGUUUUGUAAUCAUCAAUUGGCCAUCAACAGUGUUUUUAAUGAUGUGAGAUUACAUUUAAUAGUAAAAAAUCACUCACUUUUCUUUUGAUGAUUAGGUAUUGGCCACAAAACACAAAAGUUGCUGCCCUAGACUUUUUCUAAUUAUAAU